AUGGCCCCUGAACCCCCCAUGCCCUCCCUCAGCGUCCCUCACGUGGGAGGCCAAUUCCACGCCCAGGACGAGGCCGGCCAGUACACCUUCGGCCACUACGGCGGCCCCAACACCCGCGUGGAGACCAGGGACUCUUUGGGUCGUACCUCCGGCAGCUUCGCCUACGUGGACCCCGAGGGGGACGUCCAGGUGAGGAAGUACGCCGCCGCCCCCGGUUCUGGCUUCAGGGUGGCCGCCUCUGACCUCGUCGUGGACACGCUGGCCGUGGCUCAGGUCAAGUCCGCCCACGCCCGCGCCCACCAAGCUGUUAAGUCGUUGACAGCAAAUUCUGUUGUCACGCUAGACGGAUUGCGGACAGCACAAGGACCUGCAGAGUUGGCUCACUUUAACGUGGGAAUGGUUUGA